AUGCUCGACUGGUCAUGGACAACACCUGCACUCUCGGCGCUGGGCCUCGUCCUCCUCGAGCUGGCAUACAUCUGCUUCUCGGACAACUGGGCCUCCUCACCAGGCCUGCUCGGCCUCGGCUUGCGGAGCCUCAUCGACGCGGCGGCAGGCCGACAGGCACCCACUGACGGCACCACCAUGGACGCCCUGCCUGCCGCGAGCCGGGCCUGGCUCGACCACCUGCUCACCUCGUCCGGUAUCGAUCUCUCGUCAUCGUACGAUGUCCACUGCCAUGUUGUCGGCCUCGGCGACUCGGGCUCGGGCUGCUGCGCCAACCGCCGCUUCUCCUCGCCCUGCCAUCCCAUCCUCAAGCUCAAGAUGUGGGUCUUCAUGGCCGCAGCCGGCGUGCGAUCCACCUUUGCCGCAGACUCGGUUUACAUGGAUCGGCUCAAGUCGCUUCUGGAGCACUUUCUUCCGCAUCGCGCGCCGCUGUCGUCGCCGCCCGGUCCCUUUGCCUGUCUCCUUGCCUUUGACAAGUACCACACGCCCGAUGGCGCUGCAGACGACGCCCGCUCGGGCCUCUACACGCCCGACGCGUACGUCAUCGAGCUUGCUGCCCGUCAUCCGCACCUCUUUGUUCCAGUCGCCUCCAUCCAUCCCUACCGACACGACGCUGUUCCCGCCCUCCGCGCCGCCGCCGCCGCAGGCUGCUGCAUCGUCAAGUGGCUGCCCAAUGCUCAGGGCAUCGACCCGUCGUCGCCGGCGUGCGCUCCGUUCUACGCCGCCAUGGUCGAGCUCGACAUGGCGCUCCUCUCCCAUACCGGCGACGAGCACACCGUCGACGCCGGCGGCCUCAAUAACGCGCUGGGCAACCCGCUCCUCCUCCGGACCCCGCUCGACGCUGGCGUCAAGGUCAUUGCCGCGCACUGCGGCUCCGAGGGCAUGGCGCUCGACCUUGACGCCCCAGGCCUCGUCCGCGUCCCGGCGUUCGAUCUCUGGCUCCGCCUCAUGGACAACCCGCGCUACACUGACCGCCUCUACGGCGACAUUGCUGCCCUUACCUCGUUCAAGCGCAUCGCACACACCCGCGACCUCCUGCUCAAUCGCCGCGAUCUCCUCCCGCGACUUGUCUACGGCUCAGACUAUCCGGUCCCAGCCGUCAACGCCGUCGUCCGCCUUGCCAAGCUCGUCGACGCUGGCCUCCUCGACCCGGCCGCCGUUCCCCACCUCCGCGCUCUCUACGCCGCCAACCCGCUCACCUUUGACGUCGCCUCCAAGCUCGCCAUUGGUUUUCCCGCCCGCGUCUUUGACACCAACAUCCACACGCUCCUCCCACGUCUCGCCAAAGAGCACCGCGCCCGCCUCGCAGCCUGCUAG